AUGAAGGUCUUACUACUGUUAGUCUGUGUGGCGGUGGUGGCAGCGAAACCCACGACCGAAGAUGAAGUCAUGGGAUCAGUUGUUGGGGUUGUCAAAAGUUGCGCGGAAAAAGAUGUAUCCUUGUGUUUAAAGGAAAAGGCUUUGAAAUACGCAGAAAACCUGGCAUCAGCACGCGAAAUUAGCAUCACCGAUGGUGUCACUCUCAUUGGUACUGGAUCAUCACGAGGCGCCAGAUCUUUCGAGCCCCUAUCUGAAGAACCUAGGGCAAGAGAAGACCAGGUAGAAUCGAGACUACUUGAUGCUGCCGCUGAGUUCUUGGAGAACCACGUAAUCCAGCUACGAGUACCGAAAGGAACAGUUGAUGACGUCAAGCGGUCUCUUGAGGAAGGUCGUGGAAAGAAGAAGAAGUUGAAGCAACUCCUCCCCAUCUUCGCUCUCCUCCAGCUAAAGAUCCAGUCCCUCAUCCCUCUGUUCCUUGGAAUCAUUGCGUUUGCGGCUGUCAAAGGAUUGUUGCUUGCCAAGGCUGCCCUCCUGGCAUCUGCUCUUCUGUUGUUGAAGAAACUUCUCUCAAAACAUGAGCCCCAUGAGAGUUACGAGGUUGUGGCCCACCCUCACCAUGAGGAACACAUCGCCCAUGCCAGCCCUCACGGUGGUUGGGGAAGAUCUCAGGACGCCCAAGAAAUGGCCUACAAUGCCUACUCCAACUGA